AUGACGUCGAUACCGGAGGUGGCUCGGCUCAGGUAGCAUGUCUGCAGACGCAGACUUGCAGACGUCUCUUUUGCGUCUCUUCAACCGAUAGCUGUGAAUUAAAAAUUUUAAUACAUUAUGCAUGUACAUUUCCUGCAAUUCUGAUUAUGCAAAACGUUAUCAGGAAUACUACAAGUUUACAACAAUUGACAAUGUAGUCGGAAGAUAUAUAAUGUAUAAUUGUAUACACAUAUCUGCACGUAGUACGUCAACAUUUAUUGUCAGUACAGUAAACAGAUAACUAAUUGGAAAAAUGUUUCAACAAUUAGCAAACUUUUUAAGUAUUAUAACAAUUGGUAUGUGUUUCGUAUUGAAAAUACCACAAAUUUUAAAUUUGCUAUGUGCUAAAUCAGCAGAUCAAAUAUCAGUUGUAGGUCUUUUGCUAGAAGUUACAAGCUAUACAGUAAUGGCUAGCUACAAUUUUACCAAUAGUUACUCGCUACUUUCUUAUCUAGAGUAUCCUGUUAUUCUAGUACAAGAAUACAUUUUAAUCUUCCUGGUUCUGAAGUAUUUGAAUAAAAUAAAUACAUCAUCAAUUCUGAUCUCAGUGCUGUACAUUAUAAUAAGUAUCUCUCUUGCAACGCAGCUGAUUCCAAAAGUCAUCCUCACUAUACUGGUGUCGUUCUGUACACCUAUCUCGUUUUCGAGUAAAAUUCUCCAACUGCUGACAAUUUUUCGAGCAAAAAACGCGGAUACAGUAUCACCGAUUACCUGGUUCAUUUCUGCAUUUACUAAUUUAACGCGAGUAUUUACUAUAUGGAUGGAUUCAGCGGACGUGUUACUCUUAGGAAACUUCAUCAUUUCUGUAAUUCUCAGCUCGAGUAUUAUGCUAUCUGCAAUUUACUAUAGAAGGAACCAAGUGAAACAAGAUUAAGGAAUUCUCCGUUACUUACAUAUAUUAUUCUAGUCAAAACAACUUGCCCUUCCUCUCUUAUUGCUCACAGAUUUAUGUCGUUAUAAAAAUUCUGCGUAUAAAAUAGUCAAAUAUUGUUCCAAAAUAAAAGGACAUUGUACAUAGACGAAUAUUCACAAUGAAUAAAAAAUUCUAUCGACAAAUGAGGUAUGAAUAAA